GGUAGAAAAGGAAGAAGAAACAAGAAACCAGAAAGAAAAAGCAGCAAAAUAGGGGAAGCUGUUUCGUACUUUUUCUUUGUACAACAAAAAUUGUGUUCUAUUCUCAAAGCUAACAACAAUGGCAUCUGCUGCGGCAGCUAGAGCAAACUCAUCUUCACUCUCUCACACGAACUUCCAAAGAUUAAAUUCUUCCCACAAAUUCUCUAUCAAAAUCCCAUUUUUCUCAGACCCGCCAAGCCCAAGAAUCGUUUCCCUUCAUUCCAACAACCCCAGCCUCGAUUCCAUGAAAAUGGAUCGAGCUGUAUCCGGGUUCGGAUCGGGUAGCGGAAGUUCGGCCCAUGCGCACUCAUCUUCAUCCCCUGCUUCCGCCAUUGAUUUUCUCACAUUGUGCCACCGUUUGAAGUCUACAAAACGAAAAGGAUGGAUCAAUCAUGGCAUAAAGGGUCCUGAAUCAAUAGCUGAUCAUAUGUACCGUAUGGCAUUGAUGGCUUUGAUUGCUGAUGACCUUCCUGGUGUUAACAGGGAAAGGUGUGUCAAGAUAGCAAUUGUUCAUGACAUUGCAGAAGCUAUUGUUGGAGAUAUAACUCCAUCUGAUGGUGUGCCCAAGGAGAAAAAGAGUAGAAUGGAGCAAGAAGCGUUGGAUGAAAUGUGCAAGGUUCUUGGUGGGGGAAUGAGAGCUGAAGAAAUCAAAGAACUGUGGCUAGAGUAUGAAAACAACUCAUCUUUAGAGGCCAAUCUUGUGAAAGAUUUCGACAAAGUUGAAAUGAUUCUGCAAGCAUUAGAGUAUGAAACGGAGCACGGGAAGGUCUUGGAUGAAUUCUUUUUGUCAACUGCAGGGAAAAUUCAAACCGAAAUUGGCAAAAAGUGGGCAGCAGAAAUCACUUCAAGGAGAAAUUCAAGAUCAGCGAACCGGCCUAACUAGUUGAGUUUUAAUGACAUGUAAUCGAGUAAUUAGUCGAGGGCUGUCUCCAUUUUGACGUAAUCCCUGGUCGUUUACCGUAUUUCAAUGUCCGAGUAAUGCUAGGAACGGGGACUAAAAAAAUCAUACUGUAAUGAAAGCAAACGUACAUCACUAUUUCCAGAAUACUGGACCUUACACUCUCCUGUUUUUUUUACCUUGUUUUUGUUUUUGCUAAUUCCAUCUUCGUACA